AUGCCUACGACAGCCCCCGACGCGACCGGCCCAGAGCUUCCGGGCAUGGAAGACCGGGUGGAGAUCUUCAGCAUUCCCGGAAGCCGCACAGUACACGGCCAGGACUUUCCUCUUGGGAUUCGGGUCAAGAAAGGGCAGUCAUUCAUUGACAUUGAUGACGCCAUCUCCCACUUGAAGGCUUUGGCGGACAAGAACAUCGUCAACAAACUCCUAACAGACCACGGCGCGAUUCUCUUCCGCGGCUUUCCGUUGAAAGACGCGGGCGACUUUUCAAAGUUCGUGCACGCCUUCGGCCUGCCCAACCUUCACCGGGAAAUCGGUCUCUCUGGGAAGCGAACCACCAUCUCAGAGACGGUCAAGACGGCCAACGAAGAACCUCCAACCGCCCGGUUCUAUUUCCACAAUGAGUAUGGCCGGUCUGCAAACUUCCCGGGUGUGCUGUUCUUCUUCUCAGAGAAGGUCCCUCAACAAGGUGUCAUCGGGCGUCAAUACUACCCAUCAAAAGAUGACCCUGACUGGAAGAGAGAUUCGUAUGGUCACGAAAUCAAAGAGGGCGACACGCUCGAGGUCCAACGCGCCAAAGUCGAAAGGUUCCUCGCUGACCGUCUCCAUGUCGAGGGCGAGUGGCAACGCGACGGCUCGCUCGUCGUUCUCUCCAGGGUGCCCGCCAUCCGCAGGGUCGCCUCGACGGGCAAGCUCACAUACUUCAACGGCCUGGCGGGCGUCUUUGGCCGCAUGCGCGACCAGCAGGCUCUCGAUCCGCCGCAUCGCGGGCCCGAUGGGCGAUAUCACCUGCCGACGACGUACGGCGACGACAGCGAGAUUCCGCCCGAGUAUCUGGAGCGACUACUCGAGAUUGGCGACGAGAUUCAGUUUUUGGUUCCGUGGGAAAAAGGCGAUGUCGCGCUGCUGGAUAAUUACACGGUUCAGGUAGCGUUCCGCAGGACUGAUGUUUCUUAG